GGUGUUUGAAAUAAUAAUAUUCGAUAUGAUUAGUGUUACAAUUUCGUCGGUUCGCUGCGAAUCCGAACAAAAGUUUUGGCGUUUUUUAUUUUUUUUUAAUAUUUUUUUUAUCUAUUUAAAAAAAUUGUAUUCUUUGUCCGCGUGAUAAUAUUUUCGUUAGGUAUUUAAUAAAAAUAAACUUUUUAAAUCUAUGGCCUCGCGUCUCUUCUUCUAUGUAAGUAUACCUAUACCGAUUACCAAUUUGCUUUUUUGUUUUAUAUUCAAUCGCGGUUUAUUGAACUUUAACAGUUGGGGACAUUUUUGAAAAGUCCAAAACGUAAGUAAGUACUUCUACAUAUCAACCUUGGACAUUGUAUACAUUUUUUUUUUAAAAUAAUUUUUUUUUUUUUUUGCUUUAUACGUUAAAAAACUCUCUGGUUAAAAGUUAACAUAAUAAUAUCUAUAGGUAGUAAAAGGAAGAGUCAUUAUUUUACCUUCCCCAAUUCCUACUAUGACUUACCUAUCUAAAAUUGCAAGACCGCGCAGUGGCGGUUUUUAAGGGGGGAGGAGCGAUGGGGGCGAUCGCCCCCUGGACUUUACUUUUUUGUCAACUGUUUUGUGUGUUCUGCACGUAAGCAACAAUAGACCAUUGCUAACGAAAAACGAUUCUGAGCGUAGUUCAGUUGAUAGUGAUGUAUUGUCAAUAAUAUAUGUCAUAUUGUGGUGAAAUAAUUAUAUAUGCAUUAUAUAUUUUCUUUAAUAAUAUUUAUUUAAUAUUGGACCUAUUGUCCCGUUUUUUUUCCAGUUUUCCCCAUUUAUUAUGAAAACAGCUAGGAAAAUCAAAAAAUGACCUCCUUUAAGUACCACUCCAGUUAAAUUUCCUUUCGGAAAAAGUACUAUUAUUGUAAAUCGGAGCCAAAUUGCUGGUAGAAAAGUUGUCACAGAUAAAAAGAAGAAGGUAAUUCCUUAUAUAGGCAUUGUCUCAAUAUUUUCUUUAAUAAUAUUUGUUUAAUGUUGUUCCGAUUUUCCCGUUUUUUCUAUUUUUUCCCAGUUGUUCACAUUUGCUGGGAAAGCUCCAGAGAAAAUCGAAAAAAUUAUCUCUUUAAAGUACCUCCCCAAUAAAAUUUUCUUUCAGAAAAGAUGUUACAUUGUAUAUAUCGGAGCAAGAUUUCUGGUAUAAAAGUUGUUCACAGAUAAAACAGUUAUAAAACCAUAAGCUUCUUCGCUCCACUUAGAAUCUAAAAUGAAAAUUAUGUGUAAUUUAUGAUAGGACCAUAAUCAAAUUUUAUCCUUUAUUUGAUAAAUGUUACUAUGGUAUGGGGCCCAACAAAUUUAAAACUGUCCCACCUAGAUGUUUUAUCAAAAUUGCCACUGAGAUCGCGACACUUUUGCAAAUUUCAAUUAGCGAUAUCUAGGUAUAACGAUAGAUAUUGAUGAAAAAAAAAACAGCAGCUGAAAGCUAAAUACGCGAAUUUAUCAAUUGGAGAUUAAAAUGCGUAUUACUUAAUUUAGUAUUAUUUAUUAUUUACUAUAUUACAUUCAACGUAAAUUUUAAAAAAAUCCUAAUUAUAUUUUUAUACCUAUAUUUUAUGUCGAUCGAGUUCUGUAUCCGUUUAAAAUCUAAAGCAUUCAAUAAAUAAAAUUCCUUUCAAUAGUAACCUAUAAUGUAUUAGUCAUCAUACAGACCUAAUAAAAAGCCUCUGGGAGGGUGGGAAUUCUAGGGUUUCCCAUCCAUAAUACCCCUCCACUCACCCCAGUAUAAAUACGCCACUGACUUGUAAAAAAAAACUUUUAGCAUUUUAUAUUCGAGCCAGUUGAGGCUUGUAAAUAUUUCAAAAAUUUCAAAUUUUUACCUAUAUGUACGGGUUAAUAUUGUUGUAUAAAUAGGCAGGUAGGAAUAAUCAAAAUAGCUCUUAAUAAAAUUAAAGCGAUAGGAUCACUGUUAGUUUUUUUUCGUCGUUUACAUACUCGGUUCGGGUAAUUUUUAAAAAUAUCUUCAAAAACUUUUGUGGAAUUUUAAAAAUAACCCGUACCUACCUAUCUAAUUUUUCUAACAACUUUUUAAAAUUAUAUAAAACAUUUUUAUACUCAAAAACAAUUUUCGUCAAUUCCUAAUUGAUUUGUUUCCAAACAAACGUAUUAAAUUGGCAGCUAAUACCUGUAACCAAUAGGUAUCUAUUUUAAUGAUUUUAUAUUUUGUAUUACAGCUGUAAUAUUUACUUUACAUGCAUCUGUAUACAUUUACAAUCCUAUAUUUAUGCAUACGCACACGAAUUUAUCAUCAAGGGAACUGUUUUCCAAGACUUAACAAUUCUUACGUAUGUGUGUUCAGCACACUACCAUAUAUUAUAGUCUCUUGGUCAAUUAAUAUAAAUUUUAUGUCCUGCACUUGUAGAGGUACAUAUUGAGCAGUAAUGCUGUAUUGCAGCUGUUAAAGAAGGUCACCGCGCUUUGGCCAACCGUUCAGUUUUUUCUAAUCGUCCGUUAGGUACACACAUGUGAUUGUUGGCAAAACACACACGUAAGUACACAUAUUCAUUUAUUAUUACACAAAGGAAAAUGUAUUUUUAUUUUUAAUAUUCUACACAGAGUACUCCUAUAAAAUGUUUACUAAAAAAUAUUAUAAUUUUUGUUUUUCUUCAAUAUUAACUACCAUUUUAACCCUAUACACAUAAAAAGUAUGCAUUUAUAUAAAUAAUAAACAUUUCAGAAGACCAUACCUAACAAUAUUUCAUAAUAUUUUUUAUAGCUGUAUUAGUCAUGGUAUUAAAUAAUAUAUUUAAAAAUAUAUCUUAUAAACUCGAUCAGUUUAUUAUUUAAAUUUCCGUAGAUAGAUAGGUACUAUUUUAAUUGCCUGUAACAUAUUGUGUAUAAAAAGAAACCAUACAUUUUCAGUUCAAUGUCAAAUUAAUAAAAGCCGCCACAGUUAAAGUUAAACGUGUUAUUAUAAAUUAGCCAUGUUUAAAGCCAAUUUAUUAUUUAUAUAAAUAUAACAUAGUUACAUAGGUAUAUAACAAUUUAUAUAACAAUCAUGAAAGACCCUUUUACAUCUAAAUGCCUAAUACUUGUGUAAAACAAAUGAGCGAUUCCCCUACAGAUUUCUAAAAUGAUAAUGCGUUUCUUGGAUUUAAUAAGUUAGAUACUCAUUAUGCACUCGCAUGCAGUGGUUGCUGUAAAAUAUUAAAUAUUUUUGUUACAAAUAUUUAUUGUUUGUUGUUUUCAUUUUAUUUUUCUCAAUAAGAGAUGAUAUGGUUGUAUCCAUACAAAUGUAAAGUACAAUUUAUAUUCAUUUAUUGUUAAUACAGUUAUUAUUAAAAGUAUCAUUUUGAUUAUCAGUCAAUUUUUUUGAAAAAUUAAAAAAAAUUGAAAUAUAAUAAAUUAUUUCUAUCAUUUCAGAAUGGAAGACCGACUAUCCGGCACUGACCACGGUUGGUUCAAGUAUUUUCCAAAUGCAAUCAAAUCGGUGUUGUCGUGCCGGAGUCAGUAAGUUACCUAUAUUCGUUUUAAUCUUGACAAAAACAAAAUAGAACACGUACUUACCUAUGUAAACACAUAACUUAACAUAAAUUUUAGUAGGUAUAUCAGUAAAAUAAAUGUUGAAAUAUUGAAUACUCUUAAAUUUAUAUGUCGACUUAAAUCUGUUUAUGAAUUAAUACUAAUAAUAUUAUCUUAUACCUUAUAUUAUAUAAUAUAAUAACAUCAUUUUGUUAAUAUUAGGAAUGCAAUGAAGGCAACUCAAGAUAUAUUAUACGUCAUCUGUUAUUUUAAAUUUAAACCCAACUUUACAUCAUACCAGCAAUUGCUGAUAUUAUGUUGGACGAAGACCAAGAAUAUUGUUUACUACGAAACUGUUUUGGUGGCUUCAUUUUUGUUGUGGUUAACAAAAUGUAGUUGGUGGCUGGUUAAAUUUACUAUAGAAAAAUGUAAUUGGACUUUAAAUUUGCUAGAUAAAAAUCACAAUUGGAUUUAUUCAGAAGUAGACGGUCCCAAAAGAUGUGAAGUGAAAUGCGAAGUGCUAUACGACCCAGGACCGGAAUCUACUUUUAUGGAUGUUGUAUUUAUACACGGACUUAGAGGUGAUAAACUAAAGACUUGGAAACAGGGUGUGUGGAAACAAGUGGAUCAAAAACCCGAGCCUGUUGUUGUUAGGAGCUCUGGAUUAUCAAAAAUCAAUCAACUUGAAAGGUUAGCAACUGACGAAGAGAUCAAAGAAUUUACAAAUUGUUGGCCUAGAGACUGGUUACCACUGGACUGUCCAUAUGUUCGAGUUAUAACUAUUAGUUACAGUACUGAUCCCUAUUUGUGGAGACCUAUAUGGUUUCGAAAACCAGACAGGUAAACAAAUAUAACUAUUUAAAAUCGAUAGUACAAUAUGUUUCAUAAACCAAUAUAAAAAAAAAAUAAAUAUUAAAAUUGUAAAAAGUGAAAUUGAAUAUUAUAUAUAUUAUAUAUUCAAUUUAAAAUUGAAUGUAAUACUAUCAGAUAGAUAUCAAUAAUAUCUAUGGAAAUAUAUUUAUUUAAAAACAAAAAAAAAUGGAGUUGAAAAAAAUAUGAUGUAGGUUUUUUUUUUUGAAAUUAAGUACUCGAUAUAUUUUUUAUAUAUUAUGAUUGUAUUAGUGAGUAAGUAAUCAGAAAUGAUUCAUGUAUAAACUAUAAAUAUCUUUACACAUAAUAUAGGUAUCCAAUGAAUUAAAAUGAAAAUAACCUAUACGUUUUAGAACUCUUCAUAUUAAUCUAUUAUUACAGGCUAUUAACUAUUAUAUAAAAUUGUGUUAAUUAUACCUACACAAAUUCAAAAAAUAUAAAUAAUAUUAUUUAAAUGGUUUGAUUUUAUACAGGACAACAAUGAAAGAUCGAGGUUUGGAGAUGAUAUCACUUUUACGAGAUUUUGAUGUCGGGCACAAUCCCAUUACGUGGGUCGGUCAUUCUAAAGGAGGAUUGUUCAUAAAACAAAUUUUAAUUCACGGUACUAAUUUAUGUCGUUUAUUAGCUAUAUUAUAUUUAUGCAUAAAAUUAUUAUGUACGAACCUAUUGUAACAUUACAGCCAAUGAAAACCAGCAAUCCCACCAAAUCAUAACUAACACCAGAGGAAUAUUGUUUUAUAGUGUUCCCCAUAAUGGAUCUCCCCUGGCUAAUAUAAAAUUACCAUUGUUUCAACGAUCAAUUGAACUACAGGAAUUAGUAAACGGUAUAAUAUUCACAUAUUAAAAUUUAUGAAGUCAGUUAAUAUGAUAAUUUGUAAUUUGUAUUAAACAGAUACACAAGAUAUACAAAAACUUCAGCAGACAUUCCAUGAGAUGAUGAAUACGAAUAAACAUAUACAAGUGAAAAGUUUUAUUGAAACUAAGUUGACGUUAAUGAAAUUAAUUUAUUUGAGAAUCGUAUCUAUACAAUCUGCAGGUAUCUAAAUUCUUAAUGUAUAUUUAUAAUCAAUAAGAUCCUUUAUUAUAAAAUGUAUAUUUUUUUUAUAUAAAUCACCCAUUAUUUUAUCAAUUUUUUAAUUUUAUUGUACCUAAAAUGACAAAAACUGAGUUUGGUUCUUAAAUUUUCAUACCUUUUUAAAAUAUUAAAAGAUAUACUAGUAUUUUAGUAGAUUUUUUUAAUAUUAUAACUCAUUUUAUAUAAAGUGUGAAUUUUGAUAGAAACAUUUUUUCUGGUACACAAUUUUAAAGCAUUUAUUUGAACUUUAUAUUAUCGCAAAGGAUAAACUAUUUGUUUAUAACUUUAAUUGUUGGUAUUGAUAAUGCACCAACAGUCAAUAAGUUAUGCUCAGGAAAUAUUCUCAAUUCAUAUAUUAAAAACCAAAUAAUAGUUAUUAUUUAAAAAUUAAAAUUUGGUGUAUAAGUUUUUAACAGCAGAGUAUGUUUGGUAAAAUAUUUCAUUUCUCUUCAUAGAUUUUUAUAAAAAUCACAUUCUUAAGGUCAAAGUUAAACUACACUGUUCAUUUGUAUAAUGUUGGUGUAAAUACUUUGUUAAUAGUAAGUAACUAGGUAUCAUUAAUUAGGUAAAGUGUUAAAUUUGACAAUAUAUUUUAUUCAGUUCUUUCCAAUUCCAAAUUCUCUAACUUAUUAUUAAUAACAAAUAAAACACUAAAUGACAAAACAUACUAUAAUUAAUACUUACAUAAACCAAUUAUAUCAUUCAUUAACUCUAUGAUUAAAUUGGCCAUUUGAAUUCUAAAUAUUAAAAUUAUAAGUUAGAAUAUAAAAAUAGCACUUUGGUUAAGUUUAAAUUUCACUCUUUAUCCAUAAUAAUGCAUGCAACUGAAUACAGAACAAGACCAAAUGAUUUAUGGAUUUAUUUUUUUUAUUUUUAAAGAUCCAGGAUUUGGAGAUUUAUAUGGGGUUCCUUUGGAUCAUAGAAAUAUUUGUAAACCCAAAAAUCGGUAAGAAUUUAUUAAUAAUAUUAUAAUAGAUGAAAAAAUAUAAUAACUUACAAAAAUAUUUGAGAUAGUAUUAUAGGUAUUUUUUGAAGAAAUAUUUAUACAGUUCUUAAAAAUGCAUAUAACUACUAAACAGAAUAUGUUUCACAGGAAUUGUUUUCUAUAUCAAGAACUGGUGAAUAUGAUACAUUCGUUAAAGCAACCAACAACAGAAGAAAUAGCCUAAAUGAUGUAUGUUUUGUUUUGAAUAAAAUAAAAAUUUAAUUUAUGAGAAUUCAUUAUGAGAUCAUGAAACAUUAUUUAAAUCAGCACAUACAUAUUUAAAUACAAUAAAUAUUAAAAAAUAAAUAAAUACAAUUAUUAGUAAAACAAAGUAAUAAAUAAUAUUUUUGGUUAUCCUUAAAUAAUAGUCCUUUAUAAUAUAGAUUGGUCACAACAAUAAAAUUGCCGAAAUGUCAAAUAACAGUGUUAACUACUAUAUGCUGCAAUAGUUUUAAUCACAGACAAUGUUUUUUGAUACACAAAUGAUAAUCUGUA